AUGGUUCGCCGAAUCUUCAUACUCCUCUGCCUUGUAUCGGCCUCCUUUUCCCACCAGAGCUCGUGUUUCGACUGUUUGGUCCCGCUGAGAUGGAGAAAGAAUAAACAAUACUAUCAAGUGAAUAAAGAUGAGCUAGACGACGUUGACAACCGAAUCAACCAAUUGCUCCGACAACGCGCCUCCACAGAGAGCGCGGCUGGUAGCAGUCCUGAGCCGGUGAAGGUAUACUCCCUAGGCUACUUGGCUGAGAAGGCUCUCCAAGUCACUGAGUGCUACGUGAUGGACUCGUCUGGGCAGGGCCAGAGGAGCGUGAAUUGGACGAUUCGUGCUUGGCCCAAGGAACCACCAUCGCAUUUAUAUGACACUCCUACCACUUUCAAUGCGAUCAGCGAGGAAAAGUGGCAAGUAAUCUUUCGCGUUAACGACCGGCCAUACAGCGUGAGAAUACCAUUGAGGCUUGACAGAGCCUUGGCGUUGGGAUCUGCUAGUGAUGGCCCAUGGCGUUUGGGCACUGACCGAUUCUCCAGCGAACGAAGUGUAUGCUCAACAGCUCUACAAGAGGGGCUUUCUGAUUUAUAUGAUCCCGACGACUACUCGAAGAUCAGCUACGAUGAUCUAAGAAUUGAGUGCGCCAACAAGAGGCAGUCGGCUUGGGGGCCGGCUGGCACGAUGUGUUUCAUAUACAAGGAUUGGUACUUCCCUAUCACAGUCGCCUCAGGAAUAUCCCCGCCUACCUGUUCUAAUAUCUUCCAGGCAGGCCUAGAGGGUAUCGGCUACGCUGCUGCUUUCAGCAACCAGCGGUCACAAUUGUCACCCAUUGAGCUGGAGGAAGCUUUCACAGAAAUGGCCAAGCUGGCGUCGAAGACUGCAAAAUCAAAGCGGAUCAAGUUGCUCGAACAGUUUAGGAAACAGAAUGCAGAGAGAAGUGCUGCGACGAUGCCCUCCUCUCUCAUUGAGAUAACGCAGGCUACGCCUCCAGUUGAAACGCUUGGUUGUCGAGGAGCGGACGGUCUCUAUACUAUCCACAUGAGUUUACUGUCUUCUGUUGGCAAGGCAACACUUAAGAACAAGGUCAUAUUUGGCCCACCCGAGGCUAAGUAUAUGUUGGAGCUUGAAUACAUCAGUAACAGUGACUUCAAGGUACUCGGAGUUUUCAUAGGCGAGCCGAAGCAGAUUAUCUCGCCAGUUGGGCUCAACUGCAAGGCCGCUAUGGAGUAUGCUGUCAGUAGCACAUACGGCUCGGACUACGUGUCGGAUGAGCUCUCUCUCACUGCAUUGGCUGGGGACAUCCGACGGCAUAUUACUCUAGGAGAUGUACGGGAUGCGACUGUUGAAAUAAAUGUGAAGAAAUCUGGGCGACGGACUUCCAAGAAGUCAGAGAAGUCUGGUGACCUCAUCCUACGGCGGACAUGCAGUUUGAGAGGCCAGUAUAAGGGCCCUGUGUUGCCUCUUUCGGGGAAUCUGAAUGCGGACGACAUCAAAGAAUAUCACGCUGUUGUAUUCACCUUUUGGAAAAAGGCGAUACCGGUCCUCAUUGAGAUGGGCGGUGCCGGGGCGGGAGGAGCACUUCCGUGCGCGGAGGCUCUACAUGAAGCUUUCAAUAUACUCUAUGACAGUGAUACGGAGGUCAGUAUGGAUAUCAUGACGCCCUACGAGAUGGUGUACGACAUGGAACGAUACUUGAAUGAAGCACUACCGCACUUGGAAUCCAAGAAGAAGAAGUCCAAGAAGAAUAAGAAGGCAGCGCAAGUCGAGCCACCGCUUUCCUUGAGUUUCCCAUGGCUGCAUAGAUCGUCUGCGUGCAUCGAAAGUGAUUUGGAUUUCGACACUCGUGUGAAACGGGCGAGCGAGCGGUCAGAAAAGCAGAGGAGAAAGCUGAAGGACUUCCUCGAGAGAACGAGCUCUCUAACUGACCUGGAGAGACCUGUCAUGUUGUCAACACCUCCGAAGGGGAAAAGUUCACCCAAGCAGAUGACACUGGAUGAGGCGGUCCAGGGCCUGACGCCUCGUCGCACGAGAUCUACGAUUCGUAGUGGAGAACCGCUAUCUGCUUGGAUGUGCUCACUGAAGGGAUACGGUUCUGAAAUAUCUUGGAGCUGGCCAAGUGAUGCGAGAGCCGUAGAAGUUAAAUACGGCUCGGGGAAGGCUCUCUCAGAGAUCACUUUGAAAGCGUUCGAGAAUGACUUGCGACCUAAGGCGAAGUCCCUGGGAGAAGCUGCUGAAGACGCGUUCGGGGUGAGCAUUCUGACGUUUUCUAUGAAAGCCGUUGCCCCGGUUUUGACUAGCUUCGUUCAUCAGGCUUCAGAGUGUAGGGCUAAGAACGAUGCAGGGCAGACCCUAUAUUGGCGACUUUGGCAUAGAGGUGACUUCUAUUCCUUCCACAACGGUAAUCAACCUUUGGUCCUGCGGAGUAAGCCCGACGCUGAGCUCACUGUGGCAUUCCUAGUCGACGGACUGGAGUACGGCGUCGACUUGGAUGCGGAACCGCAGGCAUCACUGAAAGACCUUCUAAAGCUCGAAAGGGAGGGAACUCGAGCUGAACAGAAGGACGUCUGUGGGACUAUACUGAAGGCUGGGCAAUCUACUCUGAGGAAGGAAUUCGAACCGGCAUCACGAAGAAGGGCAGGACAGGAUACAUAUACGCUGAAGCAACUUAGGAGUGAUAUUGUUCUGUUCGAACGAGCUAUCAAGGCUAGGAAAGAAGACGCUACCUUCCAGUUCAAAGAUCUCGAGAGGCUAGGUCGAGAAGCGACGGUUGAGAAAGACACCGACAGAGAAUUAUCAUGCUCUAGCCUGGAUGUAGCAUUCCGUUGGAGAGUGUAUCGAGGGAAGUACACAGGACCGAAAUCAUUAGUCAAUUGGAAAUCCACCGAAGGUGCCCCGAACGAGUCGCGUACCUCAAGAGGAUCAAAGGGGACCUUCAUCAGCCUCAUAUAUCCUCUCAAGAAGAAGGGCUCUAAAUAUGAGAACAAGUACUUCACUGCGAAGGUGUCUGCUAGUCCUCCCACGUGCGGGGAGGCGUUGAAGAUUGGUCUGGAAGAGCUGUACGAGAAACCUGACGGGUUGGAGCUCCAGGCAAUUCAGCGUUUCACGCCUAUUGAAGUGGAGGCUCGACUCAAGCAGGUAGCAGAGGCCUCGGCGAAGGAGACGAAGUUUGUGCCUGUGAAUCACCUUGGAGAAGGCGGAAUAUCUCUGGGUGAACCUCUUGUCGAAAUAGCGAAGAGAGCGAUGCUUUUUGGUGUUUGUUUUGGCCGCGACGACAUAGCAAAAUUGUCGUGGCGACUGGAAGAGCCUAAGUAUUUUGCGGGGCCUUUAUUCAAUAAGAAGAGUGAGAAAUCCGACACUAUCAUCGUUAUGAACUUUGAAGAUUCUGAUGAAAUACCGGCUUUUGGAGUGCAUGCCUGGAAGAAGCCGCUCUAUGCUGAGGAUGAUGAUCAGCUGUCUUGCUCGCUUAUGAUGGAAACCUUCGUCUCACUCGCGUAUAACUCGCGAAAGGAGAACGCUGAUGCUAUAUCUAUACUUGGCUUGAAGGGGGAUCUGCGAAAGGCUAUGCGCGACUACGUCGUAAGAGAGAUAGCAAAGAGCGGUGCUAAAUCCCUGGAAAUUGCGGCACGUAACCUUGUGCAUGAGACGCUCCAGUUCCUCGGAGAGAGGGCUGAUGAGUUACAGAAACAGCAACUUGUCCUUGAGGCCGAUGUGACGAAAACAAAGAAGAAAAAGCGUGGACCGAGCUCUAUCAUUUGCGAUGGAAACUCCACGGAUUUCUACUGGACUUUCCACAAAUCUCCCCUCGAAGGUCAGAGAAAAAACAAGAAUUUGCUCAAGGGUACUGAAGUUGAGAUCAGCAUUGGAGAUGGCAGGAAACUUUCUUUAUUUAUUCCUGAGGAGGAGGAGGAGCCCAGAGAGAUCGGGUUGUGUUCUACAGCGCUUGCAGAGGCAGUCCACCUACUCUAUGCUAACUCCGGCAUGAUGAUCACGAAGAGCGACUUGGUCUUUGAUAUAUCCAGGUACCUGACGGCAAAACAGGAAGCUGCGAAAUUGGAGAAGGGACAUAGACCACAGUUGCAAUUCGGGUGGUAUCAAGGCAAGGCCGGCACGUUCGGGGCUAGGGCCCAUCCACUUGAGCUAUCUUAUCAGCCAGAUCUCAGCCCUCUCAUAUACUCCAUUGGUUCUACUGGACUUCCUCGCAACAAGCACAUGGACUACUUACGGUAUCAUGGGCCCCUCUCUGAUGACUCCGUGGUCGAGGUAUUGCCCGAGCAAGUAGACUUGACUGGUGAAAAGAAGACGGGGCCACCUCCUAAGCCCCUCCGGAGAAGAUCCAAGACAACGAGCAGCACUGAUUCUGCACAGGACUUGAACAUUGCCAAGAACUUCUUAAGCUUUCACCCCGCAUCCUCUUGGACCUCCACGCACCGAUGGACUCACACUCUGGCAUCCAACCUGGCUUCCAGCCUCAUACUCCCUAUUCUGAUAUCCAUGAGGCACUCCCUUGCAAUGCUAUUCCAAAGCGUCAGCUGCCUGAUGGCCGUUCUUAGUAGUUGCUUUGCUUGGAGAAGCGCUGGCGCUAAAGACGUUGAGUUACUCAAUGAUAAAGGACCUCUGCGUGCUGUGUUCUCCGGCUACGGUGCACCACAGAGAAAAGAGGCGAAGACGCUAUCAGAUUUCUUCUAUGAUCCACAGGCCAAGUCACUCGCAGUAGCCGCCCGAGGAGCAUUCAAAGUCUUCGAGUGUCGGGCCCGAGAGGAAGAGGAUCAGACCCUUUGGUGGCGUCUUUGGCGUAGAGAUGACUUUAUCCGUUUCUACCAUUGGAAGCCCAACGUGCUGAUUGAAAGGCCCCAGUCUGAGUUCACUGCCACCUUCUUAGUGGACGGCGUGUAG